AUGGUUGAAUCCGCUGUGAAAAAACCAGUUCCACGUCGCAAUAUCCCGCCCGAGGAGGAUCUGCUAAGUAUGUGUCAGAUGAUCACGGUAUGGCAUAAACUUAAGGCUCAUUGGAAAGCAUCGGAGCUGUAUGCGGAGCAGGUGGGUUUUAUACGGAGUGAGAUCUUACCGUUGGGGUGUUUGAUGGUUUCUAAGGCGGUUUGUGUUGGGAUUGGGAAGAUGGAUGGGAGGCGGGUGCGCGGAGAGGAGAGAAGGAAAGAGAAAGGAGGAGAAUGGAAAUUGGAUGUGCAAUAUGGUGUGAAGGGAUUGAAGGGACUGUGUCAGUUGGUUAUGUUUCAAUGUUGGGUAGAGAUUUUGAGAGAAGAUUUUGCACUCCCCGACACCGCCAUAACGUUCUAUUUCCCGCGCGGGUUGAGCAGAAUCGAAACACUCUUCAUGGCGGGACUGGGAUAUAGAAAUAACGUCGUGCGAUACUACCAUGAAUUAAAGAAUGUGGUGACGCCGAACACAUUUCUAUUUGCAACGAGUAAACAUGUCAAAUUUUGGCAUAAGGGAUUAUUAGAGUUGGUGGUACCGGGCUUGAUGGUCAGCGCGCCGUUGCAGGUUAAUGGGUAUUGGGAGAACUAUAGGGGAGGCGCUCAACGAGUAUUCAGACGCUUUCUAAACACGGUAAAGAGUCGUAAACUUGGACCCCUCGUCGACAUCAAUUCUCUUACCUUUACCGAGCUCAGAGAUGCUAGAUGGAAAUUGGAUACUAAAGAAGCUACUGAAUUGCGCAUGAGUGAAAUAUCACUGAACUAUGAAUUUUACUGGCGGCCUGAUCCGGAACCAGAAUCAACGGAAGGAAACGAGAAAGAGAUAGAAAAGCCAAUGUAUGGAUGGUACACACCCAUGGCCUGGCAUAAACUUCCCGGUCCGACUGGUAUCCCCGGAGAUAUUUGCGAUAUGGGAGACGUAGAAGCAAAACGGCGCGAGAAGACUAUAUCAUGGUGGGGAUGGAUCGUAUUGAAAGCACCGAUACCAGGGCUUUUUUAUUUUGAUUUCAUUUUGCGAUGCGUCAAAACCCUUUUCAUCAAUAUAUUCUGGCCGAUGAAUUUCGGGACAAAAGGGGAGAGCUUGGGAAAGAUAGAAGCAGUCUGGGACUCCAAGGAAGAGGAAAAUUGGACGGUGUGGUAUCUAGUGGAGAGGAAGACAAAAACUGGGACCGAAUGGGGAUAUCAGCCAAGUGAGACUUUGGGGCCGGGAGUUUGGGAAAUGGUGAAAGAUUUUCAUUAUGCGUGUCCAGGGAAGAAGAGGGGACAUGUGCAGUUGGGGUGGUGGGAAGAAGUGGGGGUGCUUGCUGAGAUGCUUUGGGGUUCUUAUUGUGCUCAGUGUGAGGACGAGAAGAACUCUUGA